AUGGCUCCGACCAAGACGUCUCGAAAAGAUCACGACGAGCACAAGGCCGACGCUCCCGUCAAGGAAAAGAACGGCCACGGCUCGACAAAGAUGCGCCGCGGCGCAAGCCAGCAGACUCACGCUGCCAACCGCGACCCUCAUCCCGCUCCCGCAUCUGUGCCCGUCCAGGUGCCGGCCGAAGCCCUGCUCCCAAGCCUUCCCUGGGCCUCCUUCGAGCGACGAUCCCUCCACGCCUACCUCCGCGAGCACGAGCUGACCACACCGUCGUCCUACUCGAGUUCCUUUCACAAUUGGGUGCUCUCGCGACCCGGCAGCUUGGGCCUAUACUCUCCCACAAUGGUCCGCAAGCAGCAGAUCAAGCGACAGUCCAAAGACCAGCUCGCCCUGGCCGUGCGCAAGCACUUCAAUGGGCUGGGCAUCCAGGAGAACGAUGUCAUUGUCGACUUCAUAUACAAAGUACGCAACCACCAGGUCGUAAAAGACCAAGGCACGGUCAAGCAAGUCAUUGUCGUGGCUGAAUGA